UGGCACAGAUUUCAUGUAAUACUUACGUAACAAAUGACUAACACACAAAUUAAUCAUAUUUAACUACUUAUUGUUAUUGAGUCAGUUGAAAUUUACUAACUCACAAAUGGAAUUUUGUUAAGAUUUUCAUAUAUAUAAAUAGCCGUUGUGGAGAGCAAAGAAUCAGAUGAUCAAAUUAUUUCUUUGGUGAGGAGUUUAACUUGAAAAAUUUAAAAAAAAUGGAGGAUUAUGCAGGGGAUGCCAAUAAGACUUGGAAAGAUGUAUUUGGAAAAUUAAAUCUAAGCUUCAGGAAACCACACAAACUUCACAAAGACAAACCAAAAGAAAACAACAGAUACAUUGGACCAUUCACCAAAUCAUUCAGAAAUCGCAAACAAAAAACCAGUGAAGAUUGUGAUUCACUUCAACAGAAAACAGAUGAUAGGGAGAAGAAUAAUCAAUUUCGCGCUGACACAAGCAUAACAUUGAAUGACGAGUGUCCCGAUUAUAAUAACAAUAUGUUUUGGACAUCCAGAAAAUCACAGAACAGACUAUAUAGAAGCGUGUACACUCCGAAGAACAGAUCCAAUCUUGUUCCAAUCACCCAAGCUUCACUCGGAUCACAUAGAAUAAUAAAGCAUGCACAAGAUGAUGUGAAUGUGGACUUGACAAGGAGAUUUGGAACUGUGAAAGUGCGUGACGUGCCUGUGGAACCUAUCAGUCGAAUGAGCCUAUUAAAGAAGACGAAUAGAAGUGUUCAGAUGUCAGUGAGCGGUGAUAAUACCAGAUGCUCCGAGACAUCAAAGUACGCCAUUGAUGAUUCAUGUGAGAAGUCAUCAGAAUCAUCGUCGGCCUAUGGUUCAGAAGUGGAAACAUCCCCAGAUUCACCAAACUCAACUGAAGGUUCACAAGCAACUGAAAACACACGGACGAAUAAUGCUGACAGUUUUGACAAAGAACGACAGAUUGAAACUCCCCUAAGUCCAAUAUUCAGAUGUAGGAACUAUGACAGUGAAGAUAUUUAUAAGGUGCCGCAAACAACACCAAAUUCACCUGCUGCAUCUCGACGCCAUCCUCCACCUCCACCUCCACCUCCACCUCCUCCCCCACCAUUACCACAGCCUUUUAUACCACCACCACCACCACCUUUUCUUUCACCACGAACAACAACAACAUUUCUACCGCAUUUAUUGACUCAUUCCAACGAUUCAGCCACACCAGUGCCUGAGUCGCCGAUGCCAUACAACAUGAAACCAAAGAAGACAUUCUCGGCUGCAUUCAGAUUGAAGAAAGCUUGCGUAUCUCCGGUGAAAAAAUCUCGCCUGAAGGAGAAUUCUGUAUGGGUACGAAUUGAUGAAAGUGGUUUAUUGAGUGAAGAUUUUGUGAAUCGGUUGCAUAGAAGAUUUCGCAUCAAAAGGAAUGAAAAUAUGGUUACAGAUAAAUCAGAAGCUGAAUGUGGGAGUAAUUCGUCCUCUCUAUUCAGCACACCGAGCUCAAAGUCCAAUCCAAACCUACGAUUAUCAGACGGGUUAUCACCAAAUUCACCGAUAGGGAAAUCAAUGCGUUCUGCGUCUCUGCGAUUUGCCGCCCGAAAACAGACGUUAAACCUACUACCAGCUAAAGCAGCUCAGUCAGUUGCGAUAUGCAUGGCAUCAGCACAUUUAGAUCCCGAAAGCGUGGCUCAGGCAAUUAUAGAAUUGAAAACCACUGUCUCACUCAGUCGCAAUAAACCACACUCAGAAGGCUCGAACAAAGGAAUCGUUCAGCAUAGGACGCAAAUUUCGACAAGUUCAAGUUCACGUCAACUGUUUCCCGAACACUUAUUAGACACACUUAUCAACAGUAUGCCUCAAAUGGACGUCAUACUGAAUUUAUCAGACUGUCCAGUCGAUGUUUCGAAUCUCGUCGAGUCAGAUAAACUGUGCUGCCUCAUCUCCCAACUUCGUCAUAGACUGCCUGCACAUCUACACGCUUUACGUAUGCUUCUUCAUUACGAUAAACAAGCUGACCAAGUCAAACAGGCACUUCAUGCUGGAUGUUUGUGUCUUUCUGAGAUUCGACAUUCGAACUCGCUUUGUCAACUUCUGUCCUGUGCGUUGGCCUUGAUCAAUGCCCUAAAUGCUGCUGGACAGUGUUCGACUGCAGACUACAGUCAAUUACGACAUUCGAAUCCCUCGGAUAUCCAUACAUGCCAAGCAUCGAUGAGACGGAAACCGCUCCUUGGCUUUGAAGUAAGAAAUCUAGUCCGACUGGCUGAUACUCGUGACGUGACUAAUCGGAGGAAUUUAAUCCACUAUUUAGCAGAAUUAAUGGAACUCAACUUCACGAAGGAAGCUCACUUAUGGGCGAAUGAAAUACCUACAUUAGACUCUGCGCAAAGCUUAUACUGUGCCAAAACAAUUGAGGAGACUUUGGUUGAAAUGAAGCGUGACGUUGCUCGCCUCGAAAUAGAUUUACGUGGUAUUGGUGCAGUUCCACAUUGUGUGCAAAAGUCACGUUCAGAUUCUACAUGUGAAGCAUUCAAGGCUAAUACAUGUUUCGGUAUAGUAAUGGGAAAGUUUCUACCUCAUGCACAAGAAGAGCUCAGAAUACUGGGUGAAUUACACAGGAGAGAAUAUCCUCACGUUAUUUGCUUCUGUUUACUCGUUAGUGGAUACGUUUUCUCUGACAUUGUAAAACAGCGGCGACCAACUCAAGUCACCAAAGCAUUUCAUCUAGUACAAACUACAAGUAGAAAUUAA